CACGCAGCUGCGGCCGUCGACCCGUCGUCGUCGCCUUCCUCCUCCUCCUCGUGCUUUGCGUUGCGUUGCGAUCCACUCUGCUGGCGAAACCUUCCGUGCACCAUGGGCGACCACUACGGGACGCUGGGGCUGCGCCGCGACGCCACCAAGGCUGAGGUCAAGGCCGCCUUCCGCCGCCGCGCCCUCCUCGACCACCCCGACCGCCACGCCCACUCCUCCGACGCCGCCGCCCGCGCAGACGCCGCGAGGCGCUUCCGUCAGGCUUCCGACGCCUACCACGUCCUCUCCGACGACCGACGGAGGGCCGAGUACGACUUCCGCCUCCGCUCUUCCUCCUCCUACGGCCGCACGUCCUCCUCCGCCUGGGCCUCCUCUUCCUCCUCGGCUUCGUCUGGCUACGGGUACGGCCACGGGCACAGCGGAGGUUCCUGGCGCAGGCCGCCUCCGGGAUAUGAUUGGGGAUUCUUGCUCAAGGUGCUUACGCGGCGAAGGUUCCUCAUGAAUCUCGGUUUUUCCAGUGUUUUGCUGUCUGGAGCAGCUUUUCUUGAUGGAAGUAUUUUAGAACUCUGGAAUAUGAAUAACUCUGGGAAAUCAUUUGAAGAAGCGAUGGACUCGAUCGAGAAGGUGAAAACGGGAAGGGGAAAUAGCUAGAACUUGUGAAGUUCCUUCAGAUCAUAGUACAUACACAAACGAAGAAAUCAUUUGAAGAAGCCAUGGAGUCGAUUGUGGUGAAAACGGGAACGGAAAUAGCUAACUAGAAGUUCCUUCAGAUCGUAGUACAUACACAAACGAAUGUGCAUAAUUUUGUUCAGGUCCUGAUGUAAUUUCGCACGUAUAGUCUGACUCUGAAUGAUAAGUUUGUCCUGAACUGACGACUGACUACCUGAUUCUUGUAGUUGUCGGUGUCUGUAAUGUACCAUAGAAACCAAGAGACUGAGAAUAUUAAUACAUGUACGAAUAGAUUCUUCCAUUGCUUU